AUGGCUGAAGAACAACUCAUUCGCCUUGACUUGGACGGCAGUCUUGCCAUCAUUACAUUGAACAACCCGUCAAAGUUCAACUCCCUAACGCAAAGUCUAUAUUAUCACUUGGCAACCCUUCUCCGCGAAGCUGAUGAGGACAAGAAUGUCUUGGUCACCCUCCUGAUCGGCGAAGGCCCUUUCUUCUCUGCCGGUGCGAAUCUUAAGGACAAGCCUCCGCCAAGGGACGAAAUUCUUUCCCGCCCUUACUGGCUACCCAAGCUGAUCAACAACAAUAUUGACGUCGCUCGAGCCUUCUAUGCCCACUCCAAGAUUCUGAUCACGGCAUUAAACGGCCCUGUUAUAGGAUUGUCAGCCGCGCUGAUAGCUCAUUCCGACUUCGUGUAUUCUGUCGCAGAUGCCUACCUCAUGACACCAUUCACCUCGCUGGGCUUGGUAGCGGAAGGAGGCUCCAGUGUUGCAUUUGUUCACCGCUUGGGACCCGGGAAGGCAAAUGAAGCCCUACUCUUGGGUCGGAGAAUCCCUGUUUCUGAACUGGCUCAAGUGGGUUUCGUGAACAAAGUCUUCCAGGAUAAAAGCAAUUUUCGAUCCCAGGUCUUGGAAUAUGUUAAGAAUACGUUCAAUAACCAUCUCGUCGGAACUAGUCUCUUGGGAACAAAGCGGCUCUUGCGUCGCCGCGUGAUUCGGGAACAAGACGAGCAAGCUCCAUUGGAGACAUUCGACGGUUUGGAUCGUUUUUGCCAGGGCAUUCCUCAAGAAGAAAUGGGAAAGGUACUCUCUGGAGAGAAGAAGCACCGUUUAUAG